AGCCUUGGGGCUGAACGCUGCAGACAGGAGGUAUUGAAAAGUGACUUGAAAAUUGGUAGUUUUGUGGAAUUUGUUGAUAUUGGGAAACAUAGAAUAAUGCCAGCCUUGUCAUUAAAUAAUAAUUUAAUAAUAGAUUACAACUCAUAGGACAUGCUUUAUUUUUGACCAUCUAUAUGUGUCUAAUUUCUGCAUGACUCCAUUGAUCCCAUUAUAGAAGGGAUAGAAGAUCUUGCCAGAUCGCUCAUCAGAGGAACAUUUAACAUGGAUGAAUCUGCAUCACAGUGCCUUGAGCUGAGCACCUAUACCAACCGCACAGGACGUCACUGGGGGGUGUCCUGUGACUCUCAGUGGUGUUACCAGAGCCAGUACUCCUGUGACGACACAUGCAGAGACCCGAUCCACUGGCCAGCUCAGUUUCCCAGCUGUGGUGGGUUACGCCAAUCACCAAUCAACAUCGUCACCAACAAAGUGCACGUGAACAGCGCCCUGCCACCCUUCAACUUCAUCGGCCACACGGACACAAUCAACGUUACAGUGGAAAACAAAGGACACUCUGCUCACUUUGCUCUGCCGCAGUCGGUCCGACUGACAGGGGGAGCUCUGCCUGGUCACUACAGAGCCGCCCAAUUUCACUUCCACUGGGGAGGUAAUGGGAGACCGGGAUCCGAGCACACCGUUGACGGAGAGAGGUUCCCCAUGGAGCUUCAUAUCGUCCACAUCAAGGAGCCGUACGGCUCUCUGGCCGAGGCAGAACAUGACAUGGCGGGUAUAGCUCUGCUUGCCUUCCUGUUUGAGGAAUCAUCAGAUGAUUAUCCUCCUUUGGACCCAAUAAUAUCCGCUUUGGGCCGAGUGCAACACAACGGCAGCAUCACCGUGAUCCCUAACUUUCAACUCAGUGACAUUAUCCCCGCAGCGAAGGACCUGCACAGUUACUUCCGCUAUGUGGGCUCCAUGACAACUCCAGGAUGUGAACAGGCAGUUGCCUGGACGGUGUUUCACAGGCCUCUGUCCAUCAGCAGUCGACAGCUGGAUGCAGUAGUUCAGCAGUGUCGAUUCUGGACGGGACAGCCCAUGACUGACAUCUUCAGGCCCACGCAGCCUCUGGAUGGCAGAGUUGUGUACCGGUCCAAGGCGAGCGCCGCUCUGCCGGGCGUGACCCACCUCUGGCUCGGCGUUCUCUCCGCUGUGCUCGGGACUCCGUGUCUGAUUCACUGAUCCAGCACAUGAAACGCAUGAUUGGUGCAAAUGAAAAACACUACUGUAUGUAUAAAGGCAACUUUUACCUGUGUGAUAGUUCAUUCAAAGAAUCUUGGUCACCUGCGUGUGCACAUGAAACCAAGUCAUUGUGCAACGUGAACUGUGCCCCUCUGGGUAGCGCUCAGUCUCUGUUUAGUCUUUACCGCAGCUAGACCUUUAAUUUUCCUUAUUUUUGUUGCAAUUAGAAGUCAAUAUUUUAAAUGUGCACACUCGAUUCAAAUAUUUUCACUAAAUGUGUUUUUUCUGUUAGAAGUGUGAUGAAUAAAAGAGUAGAAUUAGGGGUUUACAUUAAGUAGGAAUUACACGCUCUGGGACAUUUCCAUUUAACGCCAUUUCUUCUCAACUUGACAUGCGUAUAGUUCUUUAACAUCACUGAUCAGAUGAAGGCGUUUCAUUUGUACUGUACACUUGUUUGAAAAAAAACAAAUAAGUUUGACAUGUACAUAGAUAACUGUAAUCCUAAACCAUUGUAACAACUCCUGUUUAUGAUAUGAUUUAUGAAGUGCCUAAUGCAAUGCUUUGUGUAAAACAAACACUUAUUAAAUGAACACUGGGGACAAACGUACAGCCAGAUUAACUAAAAGAAUAAUUAAUUGACAGUACAAACCAGCAAAUUUAUAUAAACCCUUGAAAGCAUUUCUCGGGAAUGUUUGGAUUGAGGUUUCGAUGGAUAAUAACAAUCGUCAUUAGAGUGACAUAAUCAGUGUUUCUGUUUCUGAAGUAUUUCUGCAGGUUUCUGGACAAACAUUUUGAAAUGUUUUGCACUUUUCCCUCAGACGUAUAUAUAACCUAUUAAACUAAAUAUAUAUCC